CGCUGGGAGAGCUGGAAGCAACGCUAUGGCUCUUGCUCUGUCCUUGCCCAUCACCACGCGCGACUCCUUUCUGCACCUCCAACCCUCGCGCACUAGUAAACAGUCCAACACCCACCGUCCUUCCCUCGGCACCUCCCCCUGCUCUCCUCUUCUCCUCUCCGCCAACACCCCAGCUUCCGGUCGUAGCAGAAGAAGGAAAGUGACGCGAAGCAAACGCUGCCUUCAUCCAUCGACUUAUGGCUUUGGGGACAAUGGGGGUUGGGUUUUAUCCAUUCAUUGGCAUGACUGCAUGGCAAGUGAUGUUGGUGUUGCUAAUCUGGAGGAGCAAGCUGAAGUUGAAGUUGCAGAAGGGUAUACGAUGACACAGUUCUGUGACAAAAUGAUCGAGUUCUUCAUGCAUGAGAAACCACAAACAAAGGAUUGGAGGAAGUUCUUGGUGUUCAGGGAUGAUUGGAAGAAGUAUAAGGAGAACUUCUUCAAUAGAUGUCAGGUGCGUGCGGACACCGAGGAUGAUCCAGUUAUGAAGCAGAAGUUGGUCGGACUUGCAAGGAAAAUGAAGAAAAUAGAUGAUGAAAUAGAGAAGCACAUGGAACUUCUGAUGGAGAUCCAGGAAAAUCCCCUGGACAUUGAUGCAGUUGUUGCAAGAAGGCGGAAGGAAUUCACCAGCGACUUUUUCCGUCACCUCAAUAUAUUACAAGAUGCACUUGAUAGCCUAAAUGACCAGGAUGGAAUAGCAAGGCUUGGAGCUAGAUGCUUGUCUGCAGUACGUGCAUAUGACAAUGCAAUUGAACAAUUGGAGACACUAGAUGUGGCUCAGUCAAAGUUUGAUGAUAUUCUAAAUUCCCCUUCCUUGGAUGAAGCAUGUGAAAAGAUUAAGAGGCUUGCCAAGUCAAAGGAACUUGACUCAUCCUUGAUUCUUCUGAUAUAUAGAUCUUGGGCAGCAGCAAAAGAAUCUACAAGUAUGAGGAGUGAGGUUAAAGACAUAAUGUAUCACAUAUAUAUGACAACAAAGAGAAGCCUCAAAAGCAUUGCACCACCUGAGAUAAAGCUACUCAAGUAUUUGUUGAACAUAACAGAUCCUGAAGAACGGUUUUCAGCACUUGCUACUGCUUUCUCUCCAGGGGACAACCAUGAUAACAAGGAUUCUAAUGCUCUGUACACAACUCCUAAGGAGCUGCAUAAGUGGAUUAAGACAAUGCUUGAUGCUUACCAUCUGAACAAAGAGGAGACUGACCUGAUGGAAGCAAGACGAAUGGGUGAUCCAGUGGUAAUCCAAAGACUUUUCAUUUUAAAGGAAACAAUUGAGGAAGAAUACAUGAAGCAACUUUCGGAGAAAGAAGACCAAGAAGCAAAAGAGUGAAACUUAUGUAUCUGUGUCUCCAUAUCAUUUCCAAAUCAACACAGGAUCUCAACCAAGAAAUAGCUCAAUAGUUAGUUUUGGCUUUGGUUUGUUGCCAAGUUGGAUAUUCCAAAUCCAGAAUAUGGCUCUAAAUGUUGCACAGCUCUUUUCUACUACGAAAGAAUGCAAGAGAAGUGAUGAUGGGGCGAUUGGUCAGAUGCUGCCACCCCGAUGAUAACUGUAGAGUUAAAUCCGAGAUGUUCGAGCAGAGAGCCUUAUCAGUUGACCUUCAGUCAGAAAUGAAAUAAUAGAUAGCUCACAUAUUUUGAUUUAUAUAAUCAAUCUUAUGUUUUGUGUGGUACAUUCAGUUUGUAGCAUUGAUGUGUAAGGUGAUAGUACUUGCGUUUUGAUUUUGAUAUUAACAGUCGUACAGUUUA